AGCGUUAUUUUAGUGUUUGAGCUGUAACGUAUCCACUCUUUUAGACUGCAGGGACACAACUUGAUGACUCAGUAGUGUUUUCGCACGCUAUUUUGCCACUAAAAUAGAAAUAAACUGAGAGCUCAAAUCUGGGAGACCGAUGGAGCGCAGUUUGUAUGGAUACAGAUGAGGCACGAUGCUAGCUGGCUAACUAGCUCCAGAGGAAAUGGUGAGCGUCAACGUGAUCUACUGAAGAACAGAAACAAGAAGUCGAUCCACUGACAUGGAAGGCAACGGAGAGAUCAGUGACACUGACAGCGGCAUUAUCCUUCAUUCAGGCUCUGACAGCCCAAUGACACAUACAAAAGAUGUGACCACGCACACACGAGCCAUGAAGCUCAAACACCAGGAUCUCCAGAACCGGCUGGAGAUCUGCCUGCUGGAGCUGAAGAAACUCUGCAUCCGAGAAGCUGAGUUGACAGGCCGGCUGUCAGAUGAUUACCCCCUGCUGCCAGGAGAGAAGCCUCCGCAGAUUCGCAGACGUGUUGGAGCUGCGUUUAAACUGGAUGAUCAAAGCAUCCCACGAGGAGCAGAGGAGUCAGAACUGAGUUUGGUGGAUGCUGAGUUGGCACUUCAGAUGAAGAUAUAUGAGGCAGCACGCAAGCUCUGUGAGGAGGAUCACCUGAGCAAGGCUGUUAAAAAGAGCCGUUUACAGCAGUGCAAGAGAGAGGAGAAAAAACUGAAACGGCUCCAAGAGUCAGCCUUUAAGCUGCGACUGGAGCAUGGCCGAUCAUCACCACUCCCUGCUUUUAAUAUUGCACAACAUGAUCUGGGAACAUCUGAUGACAGCUCUCUGUCUGAUUCUGUCGUACAAGAUGAAGAGGUGACAAGUCAGUCGUCACAGCUGUCCUCGGGACUCCCAUAUCCAGGAGAGACUGAUCCUCCCCCGCCUCCCAUUGCGUCUGCACAGACCUUCAUAAACGGCUCCUACAUGUCUCCAUCUGUGGCCCCUCAGACCCUGCCACUGACCCCAAGCCAGUCCCCCCACCCGAGCCUUGACUCUACGAUGAGUUUUAACUCAAACCCCGAUUGUGACCUUCCCCCCAUCCAACACUCUCCAUGGACAGAGUCUAGUCUCGACCAACCUUACCAGAAAAGCAGGAAGUCACGCUCCUCCAGCAAGACAAGCAGUCCCGCCAAGAGUGAAGUGUUGCCACCAUUCGAGGCUUGCUUUGCCUCCCAUCUGAAGCUGUGCCGCUCCCAGUCAAGCAGCAUGCCUUCCACACCAGAGAUGCGUGUGCACAGACAACUUUCCCUCCGGAUAUCCAACCCUGAGACUUCAGGUGAAAGGGACCGGGGACGCACCAGAGGUCCAAGGAGACGGUUGACAGAAUACGCAAUAACCUUACCAGAGACUCCUCCCCCCACGGUGAACUAUGGAAACCCUGUUAACUCUGAGGACAGCAACUCUGAACACUCGUCUACAUCUUACAACAGCUCACCGUCUCAGGAGUUGCCCUCUGAUUUGCCCAAACAGUAUCAGUCUGCAUUCCCGCACUCUAGCCCAGUUGGCAGUUAUAGACCUCAAGCCUUCUCACGCUCUGGCUUCUACCAUAAUCCCAGGCACCAGUCCAGCCCCAGCUUCCACAAAACCUAUUACAAUGAAGAAGUGGUCUACAAACCAGAGCUGGACUUGGCACGGAGCUAUUACGCCCCGCAGGCUCCCUGUCCUCCCAACAGAUAUGAGUAUUACUAUAAAGAUGCUGCUGUGCCCCACCAGAGACCACAGAGGCCUUUGCCUCCUGAUGUCAAACACGCCCCUUCCCCGGCGCAGUGGGACCAUCCACACUACCGCUCCGGAGGUCUCACACAACAGGUGGUGACUGAACAGCUCAAAUCAUGGCACCGGCGCAGUCAGCAGCUCAAAGCACCCAGGUCUCGCUCACUUGACAGACAGGGAGCAGUCAGAGUUAAAAACAUGACGCUGCGGGAGGUGACCUGCCACCAAAAUCAGAAGUACCAUGAACAGGUUGUCCAAAGAAGGGCUCUUCAUAGAGCUGUGGAUGACACCCAAGGGCACUGGGUUGUAGAUGAUGGCUCUCACUUUGUAAGUCAAGUGUAAAUCGAAGCCGCAAACUGAACAUUUGAACUCAGAUGCUGCAAAUGUAUUCAUUCCCAAUUAACCAAAGUGAAGUGGGAAAAAAAUCAAGUCGAAUUAACAGUUUACUCCCAUUUAUAAAAACAACACUGUUUUUAUGAUUCCUGUUAACAUAGCUGCCUGUAUUUGAGCAUAUAGAAGGAGGAUGAAAAUACUUAGAACAUUUGGCAAUAUAAUACGAUCUAGUGCAACUCUAAUGCAAACUACAGCUACAACGGCUUACUAUAAAGUUGAAUUGAACACCUGUCUGGCACAGUCACGGUAAAGUUUGUUGCAGAGCAGUUUUAUUGGGUUUAGAGCACAUAUGUAAAGUGUAUCUGUUGUUUUUGUCCACUCUCUUUAUGUCUCAGUUACAAAUUAAGCAUUGAACUGAAUGCUUGUCACUGUUUUAAACUGUGUUCCAACAAUAUUGCACAUUGUAGUGAGUCUAUGAGAAAUGUGAACGUUUUUAAAGGAAGUUUUCACAUGUAACUAACUUUACAGUCAUAGUGAAGUUACACUCACAUGGAUUAUGAUUUAUGAAUGAAUUAUGAUGAUUUUGAGAUAGUCACAUGUAAAGUCAACAAGAAAUUGCAAUCAUACAACAUAGUGCUGUAGUAGCUAUGGUUAUCUGUAGCCAAAAACACUGCCAAAUAAUCAAUUUUUUUGUGAGCAUGUUCUCAAGACAGAGAUGUAUACUUUUUGCAGUUUGGUAGAUGGAGAAUAAAAGUUCUCCUUUUCAUCCAGCUGUAUGAAGGAAAGAAAUUCAUUGUAAAAUAAUGUAUAUGAGCAAUAUCUCUCUUUUUUUAAACUGUGUAUAAUGUUGCGUUAGUUGUGUCACCAUGUCAGUGAACUUGAGCUGCUUGAAUUUAAGAUGCCAGUUCUUUCUUUUUAUGUACUUUUGGAGGCAGAUUUGUCUUGUUUUUAUACUUAAAUGUGUCUGUGACUCUGCCAGAUAACUUGAAUUACUAAUGGACUUAAUCAGCUAGUUGAAACUAGAUAGUAACUUACUCACAUGAGUUAUAAAGUAGCAAAUCUAACAAAAGCAGUCUCGAUGCUUGGCAGCUAUUAACGAGUUCAAUUAAAAUUGAAAUGUACUGAGCUUUAAUGAAACAGACACUAACAGUUUUGUUAGGACCAACACGAUUUCUACUAUGAACUGUAUUCGAAACACUGCCAAUAUGUGAUCCACAAUCUCUCUAUCAAACAAGUUUUUGAUGGUAAAUCAUUUUGCAGCAAAUUACUGCAGAUUCACUACACACUGACUGGUCUCUCUCCCCAGUGAUCUAUUUAUGUUUAUUUAUUGUGGUGUGCACCAUUGGACCCAUGGAGAGUCAGACUUGAAAAAAAGAAGACAUGAACCUAAGUUUGCAGAAUCCAGCAGCAAUUAAGACUGUUUCUAGUUGUGUAUAUACACACACAAACACACACACACACACACACACACACAUACAUCUAUAUAUAUAUAUAC